CAUGCAUUAUGACAUGAGCAGGGGUGAUGUAACCUCAAAAAUAAAUUAUAUUAUGGAAGAGGGAAUUAAAGAAAAAAAUAAGGAACAAGUUAAUAAAAAUGAAGAUAAGCCAGAUACACCCAAAGUAGAAAAUGAAUGGAUGAUAAGAAGAUGUUUUAUAUAUGAUGAAGAAUACAGUGAUUGUACCUCAUUGAAAGCAAGAUUUAACCAAUACUUCAUUUUUGGCAAAUCUAUAGAUUGUUCUCAAUGGAAGAGAGACUCCAUAAAUUGUUACAAAUGGGAAAAUGACCAAGAUGUUAAUGCAGCUAAUGAAUUAGUUCAGAGUGAAAAACAAAGAAGAAAGGAGAGAUUACUUCCUCAUUACCAGAAUGAUGUCUGGACAAAACGAAAAUCACCUCCUGAAAACUGGAACUCCCCAUUGCCAGAUUAUAUUACAAAAGAUUAUGAAACAAGUUAUCUUAAUAUUAAAUCUAAGGAAAUGAAGGGAGAAAUACCACCUUCAUUUGAUAUGGAUUACAGGUGUACUAUAAUGUAAUUCUUUUAUUGUAGUUUUAUAAAUAAAAAUUUUUUGUUACAUUU